UCAGUAGAGCUGCAGCUUAGAGGUGGAUAAAGUUCGUCUCCACGUUGGAAGUGAUAGAAAGUAUUAUCCCUAUUCGGACUCUGUUUCUGGUUUUGGGGGGGAAGAAGAAGAAACCAAAGCGGAUACUAAAGGUGUAAAAACACGGGGAUCGGCUGCGGAGGAACUGCGUUUAUUCUAGAUUAUCGCACGGUUCACAAGAGAAAAGUUUUGUCAGGACGCGAAGUUGUCAAGUGAGUUGGACUUCAACAAUAGGCGGGCUCUAAGACAAGACAGUUGAGAGACAGGGAGUCACAGGACAUAUGUGACCAGUCGAUCUUGGACUUUUUUUUUAACAAACAAGAAUAGACCUCCCGCAAGGUGAUUAAAACUUUAUGUCCAGAAAAAUGGAAGCGACCUUCUACGACGAAGCCGUGAAUGCUUCAAACUCUCAGCACGACGGGACGACAGUGUAUGGGUUCAACCCUAAAACUCUCAAACAGACCAUGACUCUGAACUUGAACGACCCGAAAAACUUCAAACCCCAGCUGAGCUCCAAGGCCCUGGACAUCCUGACGUCCCCUGAUGUCGGGUUGCUGAAACUGGCCUCGCCUGAACUGGAGAGGUUGAUUAUCCAGUCCUGCAGCGGGCUGACGACUCCCACUCCGACCCAGUUCGUCUGUCCCAAGAACAUCACCGACGAGCAGGAGGGGUUUGCCGAAGGCUUUGUAAGGGCGCUGGCUGAGCUCCACUACCAUCAGCAGGCACCCGCCGUUCACCCUGACGCACAGGCCGGUGCGACCAACAGCAUGGCAUCCGGCUCUGCUGCAUCCGAGAGCGGCGGGAUUCCCUACAGCUGCACGGUGCGCACCGACCCACCGGAGUACACAAACUUGGGCACUUUCAGCCGGGCUGUGGGUUCUGCCUCUGCACCUGCCAACGAAAGGCAUCCCCAUAUGACUUUCCCUGCCACCUCACAGCCGUCCCACAACCACAUGGACCCCCAGCUGGCGGCUGCGCAGCACCCGCGGCUACACGCGCUCAAAGAGGAGCCACAGACUGUGCCCGAGAUGUCCGGCGACACCCCGCCGCUCUCCCCCAUCGACAUGGAGAACCAGGAGCGCAUCAAAGCGGAGAGGAAGCGCAUGAGGAACAGAGUAGCUGCGUCCAAAUGCCGGAAAAGGAAGCUGGAGAGGAUCUCCCGGCUGGAGGAUAGGGUCAAAAACCUGAAGAGCCAAAACACGGAGUUGGUUUCCUCUGCCAACGUCCUCCGGGAUGAGCUGGCUCUGCUCAAGCAAAAGGUGAUGGACCACGUUAACAGCGGCUGCCAGCUCAUUUUGACGCAGCAGCUCCAAGCUUUCUAGACUUCCAAGGGACAUUUCUUUGGGACCAAAUGCAAGUGUGGAGGGGAGGGGGAAGGGGGUAUCCACCAAAUUAUCCGCUCAGGCUGUAUACGCUGAGUCUCUGCAGAGAAAAAGAGUAACGAUUGAAGACUGACAAGAUACUUGCAAUUGGUCAAUAUGGUGAAAUGUUGCAGAAGCCACCAAACCUAUUGCAUGGACGCGCACAGCUCAGAAGUAAUAUUUGCUCCAAAUACGCCUCUGGUGUGACUUUUUAGAUAUUACUGGUGAUUUUGUCUUUUUCUCACAUCCAAUCCGAUUCAUAUUCAGUCAAGCCAUGGUGGUAUGGCAAUUGUCCAUACCUUCAGAAAGUUUUAAGUUGAUUAAGUUCCAUUCAGUCUUAAGUCCUGACAAGACAUCCAGACCGUGUGGGCCCAAAGUGCAGACGGACAGAAACACAAGGUGAACGAGGCCUUGCCCUGCAAAUCUUCCACUAUGUCAAGUAGCAGUUUGUGGACUUGAGUCAUCACUGCACUGAGCAUCCCACCAGCGACAAUACAGUAUGUACAGAACAACACUAACAAAAAGUUUCACACCUUUACGCAAGGACUCUUUAGAGGUGUGUUUAGCGUUUACUGACAAAAACUGCCUUACUUUCUUAACCCGUAUGUUCAUACAAGUUUGUGAUAGUGUAACUAAUGUUAGACCUGAAAUAACACUUUGUAAUAUUUGUACGCUGUUAUUUUGAGCACUUCAGAACUGUACAUAUGACAAAAUAAAAUGUUGGACACGCGUUAA